GGUGUCCCUACGGCGGGGAGGAGACGCUGAUGCCCAGAUCCUUGCAAGCUUGCGGGCUCGGCAGCACGGGCGCCCCUCGGGUGGGCGCGGAGGGGCCGGGCUGCAGCGGAGACCCGCCACCCUCACACACAUCUGCCGGUGGGCCGGGCGAGCCGGCUGUGGGAGCCUCCCCACGAGCCAACGGCACCCGGGACCCGCUGCCCGGCUCAGCCCCCUCCGUUCCCGCUCCCACCCAGACCCCCUCUAGUCCUCACUCCAUCCCUUCACCCCUCUCUGCUGGGGUGCCUGCACCCCUCCUCACCUCGCCGGUACAAACCCCUCCACUCCACUCCCCUUCCCGCCCCUCCCCACCUUCUUUGAUUUAUUUGUGUAUUUCUUUCCUUGGCAACCACCAGUUCCCCUCAGUAAAACAGCGCAGGCUCCCUAUAAUUUGAAAUUAAUUUGUUUGACUGCAGCAUUCAGACAGGAAGGUUGGGAAUUUAUUUAAAUCAUUUUUCUCCCUGUGCAAAAAGGAAGCGAUGAAAUUUCCAAUUGAGACUCCAAGAAAACAGGUGAACUGGGAUCCUCAAGUGGCUGUUCCCUCACCAGCGCCAGCUUGUGAGCCUGAGCCCAAAACUAACGGGCAUAACCCAGCUCCACGACUCUCCAUUUCCUCCCGAGCCGCUGUCGUUGCUACCAUGGAAGCCCCUUCUCAAGGCCUGCAGACAGUCAUGAAGUGGAAAACAGUGGUGGCCAUCUUUGUCGUGGUGGUAGUUUACCUGGUGACAGGAGGACUUGUCUUCCGUGCCCUGGAGCAGCCCUUUGAAAGCAGGCAGAAGAACACAAUUGCGCUAGAGAAGGCUGACUUUCUUCGGGAGCAUGUUUGUGUAACCCAGCUAGAGCUGGAGACGCUGAUUCAGCAUGCUAUUGAUGCUGAUAAUGCAGGAGUCAGUCCCAUAGGAAAUUCCUCUAAAAACAGCAGCCAUUGGGACCUUGGAAGUGCCUUUUUCUUUGCUGGAACAGUCAUCACAACUAUAGGGUAUGGGAACAUGGCCCCAAGCACUGUUGGAGGCAAGGUUUUCUGCAUCUUGUAUGCCAUCUUUGGGAUUCCACUCUUUGGCUUCUUGCUGGCUGGGAUUGGAGACCAACUAGGAACCAUCUUUGGGAAGGGUAUUGCAAGGGUGGAAAAAGUUUUCAGAAAAAAGCAAGUGAGUCAAACAAAGAUCCGGGUGAUCUCUACUAUCGUCUUCAUCCUGGCAGGCUGCGUUGUCUUCGUGACCAUUCCUGCAGUUAUCUUCAAACACAUUGAGGGAUGGACAGCCUUGGAGUCCACCUACUUUGUGGUUGUCACUCUGACUACUGUUGGCUUUGGUGACUUUGUAGCAGGAGGAAAUGCUAACAUCCAUUACCGGGAGUGGUAUAAACCCUUAGUGUGGUUUUGGAUCCUUGUUGGCCUUGCCUAUUUUGCUGCUGUCCUGAGUAUGAUUGGAGACUGGUUAAGAGUCCUGUCCAAGAAGACAAAAGAAGAGGUUGGAGAAAUAAAAGCCCAUGCAGCAGAGUGGAAAGCAAACAUGACAGCUGAGUUCAGAGAGACACGGAGGCGGCUGAGUGUGGAGAUCCAUGACAAACUUCAGCGGGCAGCCACUAUCCGGAGCAUGGAGCGCAGGCGCCUGGGCCUGGACCAGCGAGCCCACUCCUUAGACAUGCUGUCUCCAGAGAAGCGCUCUGUCUUUACUGCCUUGGAAACAGGGCGCUUCAAAGCCUCAUCUCAGGAAAGCAUCAACAACAGGCCUAACAACCUGCGCCUUAAAGGCUCAGAUCAGCUCAAUAAGCACGGGCAGGGGGCAUCCGAGGACAACAUUAUUAACAAGUUUGGAUCAUCUGCUAAAAUGACCAAAAGGAAAAACAAAGACCUCAAAAAGACCAUCCCUGAGGAUGUGCGUAAAAUUUAUGAGACCUUCCGAAACUACUCCUUGGAUGAAGAAAAGAAAGAAGAGGAGACGGAGAAGAUGUGUAAUUCUGAGAACUCUUCUAGCACUGCAGUCCUGACCAACUGCAUCCAGCAGCACUCAGACCUGGAGAAUGGAGUGAUCCCCAAUGAAACCAAAGAAAGGGAACAUGAAAACAAAGUGUUACUUGAAGACAGAAAUUAAAUGUAAAAGAUGCUUGACUUGAAUUAACAAUGUUAGUGUUUUUAUAUACAUAUAUAUAUUGAGACACGUGCCUUAUACAGACUCCUUGUUCAGUCUGAAUUAUAUAGCAUCGAAGAAUAUUUCACUGUGCCAUAAAGACUCAAGCUUGCUCUGCCAAAACAUAUCAGGAACACAGCACUGCAGAAUGGCAACAGAAAGCUACGCACAUGGAAAUUUCAGCCUGUAUAAAAUUACCAGGGUAAGACACAAAUGAAGAGAUUGAACCAUGGCAAUAUCACCAGAGUGCUCCUACCGUGGUAUAAUAUUAGACAGGGCAGCUAUGUAAGAAGAGCCUUUCAAAGGGAUGAAAGAGUGUAUCUUUCUAAUGGAGUAUGCAUCCAUAAAGCCUUCCCCUGGUGAUUAAAAAGAGGAGAAAUGAUCAGAGUGAACUAGAAACUCUCAGUAAGGCUUAGUUUACGUUUUGGCACGUGAUCCAAGCUAGACUUCUAGAUUGAUUCCCCGCCCCCCCCCCCUUUUGAAACAGAUGCAUUAUCUUUCUAAACUCCAAAAGAAUGUCCAUGGACACAGCUGGGUGCUGGUUUGAAAAAUCAACACAGACACAUUUAAGGGUUGGAUUGCUGUUUUCAUUAACAACAAACAAAAAACCCCAAACAACUCUGUGGGUAUUUCUCUUAACCAGUGACAAAAAAAUAAAAAAGGAAAGGAAACAAAUGGAUUUUUUUUUUUCUCGUGUAGGAAAUAUUCAAUGUAACGUCACAGCAGGAACAUGCAUAUGAAGAAAGUGCAGCAUUUUGUGCUAUGUUGUUUAAAAGAAGAGAAACAUUAAUGAUAUUUGGCUAGGUGUAAAAAACAGUGGUUCUUUUUUUUUUUUAAAGAAUUUUUCAUUCACACUUUCUACCACUGGAAAAACCCCUUCAAUUUUAAUGCUGUAAGACUAUGAAGACAGAAGGAAAGCUAUAGCUUUUGCAUGUCAGCAAACUGCUGUUCUCUGUAGCUGAAUCUGAAUUUUUAAAAAUAGACAUAAAAGCAUAUAUGCUAUUCACAUGAGGGCCAGGGCAACUAUAGAAUCUCAGGGCUCUCUGCCCCUUUUGCUGGGUUUGGGUUUAGACAUAAGCUGAGUCAUAAUCUCGGAAAAUAAAAAAAAAAAGGGAAAAAGAAAACAGAAAUUUAGGAAAAGAAGUUGAGAAAAAGAUGGUGGUAAUCUUUUAAGUGCUUAUAGCUUUAAGUGCCAUUAAUGCUGUCAUAUUUUGUAACUUUUUAAACAAGUAUUUUGAAUUAUUUGUUUUAUUUCCUUUCAGGUACUAUCUUUGUUUGACAUUUGCUAUCUCUCUUCUUGAUAAAAUCUAAACAUGAGCUCUCUGCAUUUCUAGACUAAAGUGAAAUGUAACCAAACUGUGGGCAUUUUGGAUAUAAGAAAUACAAAUGUCUCUAGACUUCACACUAAAUACUCAAAGAAAAGGCUGCAAAAUAAUUAAUGUGAAUUGCAAAACACACCUCACUAGCCUCAGCCUGUGGGCUACUAUGUUUACCAUUGCAGAUAGAAGAUUUUGCAUGCUGGAGAUGAGAUACACAAUUGCACCAGUGAUGCUUUCCCCGCGCCUUCUCAAAAUCCUAAGUAUUCCUGCAAUUCAAAUUGUAGGCUUAAAAGUAAAGUAAACAUGGAUGUAGAUGGCAGAGACAAACCAAGCCUUACAAGCUAGUCAAACAUAUAGGCACUUGCAGGUUAUACAGACACAGACUUUUGGAAUUGCCUGCCCAUGUCUGCGUACACAAAAAUGUAUGCUUCAUUUUCUGUCGUAGUGUCUGAGAUUUUGUGCACAAUGAGCCAACUCAAAAUCUAACUAGUGACUAGAAUACAUGAUUGCCAUGGCUAUGAAGAGAAGCAUGGCCACCAUGCAAAUGCAAAUUUUGAGUAUGCAUAUUUGCAUAUCUAAUUGACUUUUAACAAUUAGCAGAAGUGAGCCAAAUUCUACUAGUGCAGUGGAGGAAAGAAGUUCUUAGUAUGUUCUGUCUGCUGGUUCACUUCCCUUGAAAUAUCAUCUUUCUCAUUUCAUUUUCUGUCUGAAAAUUAAAGAUGAAAAAGCAAGGUUUGAAAAAUUUCAGGUCAUUUGGGAUUGCUUUAACUCAAUAAGAUCCAACAGAAAUUGAAUUCUGCUUAGUUCACCAAUGAAUCUCUUAAGGUGCGGUGCUGCGCUCUGGCUUUAGCUUACUUGGAGGCAGGGCAGUAAGCCCAGUGUCCAGGGAAGGUUUAAUCUGACUCAAGAGCUGCUGUGGGUUGUGGAAAUUUUUGUGCCAUGCAGCCCUCUUGGGUGAAGCCCUCUCUUGGCUUCACAAUGAUGCAAAUGGCAGCUUGUGGCCAUACUCAGAUCCUAUCCCCAGAUCUUGUCCUCCUCAAGCCACAGGCAGAUACCAGCAGGUCUGUUCAAGAACCGGAGUCCUUUAGCCCUCCUGUCAUUCCUGGUUUUGGGUAGGCCUGGGAUGAAGUUCAGCCUAGUGCCCUGUGAGCAAAUCUUAUGAAGUCUUUCCCAGAAAUACAGUGAAUCAUGUUGUGCUAACUCUAUAGUACCAGAUUGAAGUAUACUUGUAUGUAAAGUUUUAUGUUGUUCAGAUUUGGGGUUUUACUAGUGGGAAGUUAGGAGUGAAAGCUACAAUUUAGAUUUGCAUUUGAAUUCCAGACAAGGUUCAGAAGUUCUUGGACAUGUGAUUUGAGUCCUGGGAAUUAAAGUACUGCCUAGUUACACAGUCCUGCGCUUUACUCAUAUGAAGGAUCAGGUGCACAAAAGUAUCUAAUCUGACAUAAGAACAUAUAGAUUGUGCUACCAAUUCUCCUUGGUUACUAAAUGCCAAAACUAUCAUCAUGCAUGUGGUGUUAUUUGUUCCUCAACUGAGUUCUUCUCACAAGAAAUGCUUGCCUGCAAUGGAAAAGUCCUGCACAGAUGCACAGGCAGCUCUAAGUGCAUAUGAAAUAUAAGGCUUAGUCAUAGCCAGAGCAUUUCUGCUGAUCAGGGCCAGGAAAAACAAAGUCUGGCUUGUAGGACUUGCCUGUGUGAGCAGGGAGUUGGAUAGCGGGCAAAUCAUGGAAAACAGGUCAAAAUGGACAUAGUGACUGAGGAGGCAAGUUUUGGUGGCCAACUUCAGGACUAUUUAAUCUGAUGGAAUAGGACAAUGAAAGCUUGGCACAUUUUUAUCUCUAAACUUUCUAAGUCUGAUUCUGUCCAGAUUCUAUCUGAUGAUGUGUGUGCCUCACUCCAGUCUCUGCCUGUCCAUGCCAUGUGUGAGCCCCUAGCUGACAUUUUUUCAGCUGUGUCUUCAGCAGCUCCUGGUUUGGGAUGCGAUAGUUUCAGGGACAAAGGAUAAUGCCGAAUAAACUCUCAGUGAGAUACUGAACAGAGCAUUUGAUGACCUUUUACAUGAAAGCAAGAUGCUCUCUUUCAUUCCUUUCCAUUUCUGUGUCUGUGAAACUUGCUGAGAAAGCUGCCAGUCUGCUGCUGGAGUAAAUAUUUUCUUCUGUAUGACUGCCUAUUAAAUACCUCAAUAUACGUAAAUUUUAUUAUAAUAUGGGAAGUGCAAAUGGUGUAUUGCAAAGGGGGCCAGACAGAAAUGCCUGACAACUGAAAUGACGUUUUAAUGCCCUAAAUUGCUUCUCUCUUUGUAGAGGCCAUCUCUUGGUUUUAGUUGUAUGCAACAGCUUGGGAGAGAAUCUCAGUUCAAGCAUGAAGUGUUUUUAUGGCUAAAAUUCUUAUCCUUUGGCAUUUACUAACGCUUAUAAAAACUUGUGAUGUUAUUUGUACUGGGGCUGUUCCACCAUUAUUGAAAGUUUUAGAAAAAGGUAGUCUGAACCAUAUCCAAUGUUUCUAAAUUACGCUCUUUCACAGCAGCCUGAAUAUAGAAAGCCAAACAAAAGCGUGGUUUACUGACUUUAACUCUCAGAUUCUGUCUUGAGCACAAUGUGGCUUUACAUGGGAAUUGGGACCUGAAAGAACAAAGGAAGCAUGGAAUUUCUGUAGCCACGGCCCUCACACACAGAGGACGAUUCAGCUUCUCUUUUCCUACAGCUUUCAGCUCUGAAGACCCACUUUCUUCUGCCUUGUGCAGGAGAAUUCUGGCAUGCUACUUUGGGGAUCUUCUUGAACCAUUACUGAACUUGUGCAUAUUUUGCAUGAGUGGUUUUGAAAAGAUUUGUAUCUUCAUGUGGCAGUCUGUGAAUUUCAUUAUCCUUUAAUAGGGGACAUUAUUUCUAAUAAAUGUUAUUAGAAAUAAUAGGAAAUAAACCCCCCAGUGAUUUAUAUUCAUGAAAUUUGAUUUUGGUUGUUGCUAUGAAAUUAUAAAUCAUCUGAGCUUCUGCUGUCUGGCUUUAUGAUGUCUCUAGUGUAAGUCUGCUUCUUUCAAAGCCAUUAAUGGACUAUGCCAGAGAUUUUCUACAAAAUUUUCUAACCUACAGUAAAGUAUGUCUGUGAGAUCAGGGUGUUAAAACCCUGUCCUUAAAACCCCUGCAUUUUCCUGAAGAAUUUGUGUUUAUGCUAUAAAUGGGGUGUUUGUUUGCCAGCUUUGGUUUUCUCAGGGGCGUAUUUGUGUUGUCAGGUUGCAUGAUGUCUGCUGGUCUCACUUUUCCCAUCAUCCACUAAAAAUAAAUAAUAGGCAAAAACCAAACUUUAUGUCAUGCUGCCUACUAACGUAGAACAAGAAGUCUUCUACUAAACAGGUAGGAAUUUGAAAGGUGACUGGGAACUGCUUCAGUCCUUCCUGUACAUUUAUUUGUUCUAAACUGUGUUUUGUUUAAUCUAAGGCCAAAAUCUGCCCCCAUCAAAUCAGUGCAGUAAAGUGGAGCUAGCUUGUUAUUUUUAAGCUUUUUAGAGCAAAGAUGUGCUGUUUUGACUCAUCUCUACAGUGCCAUUUACACUUACUGUGGUGGCAUACCAGUGCUAAAUACAGAUAAGCCCAGCUUUAGAAACAGUUCCCUAGGCAAUUAAAUAUCAAUGAUAACACAAAGCAAAUCAACACAAAUCUAUGAAACUCAAAAAAAGGCUUGUAGAUUAAUGUAUGAAACUAGUUGCCUGAAAUAUAUCAGCAAAAAAAUGUAGAUCUGAAAAUUAAUUUAGGUUGCCUAAUUCUUCCCAAAGUCCCCAUUUCCUUUACUACCAGUAGCAGUUACUCUCCUUAAUACCAUUGCUGAGCUGGACCAUAUGUUUUUUUUCCUCCUGUCAGUGCAACUGAAGUACAUAAUGAUGUUAGGUUAUUGACUCAUGCUGUUGAAAUCAAACAACUGACAAAGCAGUUGUGAAAGCUAAUUUGGGGGUCUCCUGAUGUAGCCAGCGCAUGCUCUGUGAGCUGAAUCAUGCUGAGUUGGGAAGGUUACGCUAAAGGCAGGUCUUAUACACAAUACGGUGAGUUCUCAGGAACCAGUUUAAAAAAGGCCCCCAAUGAACACGUGCACAUGCCCACCCUUCACAUGGCAUAUAUAAUCGGUUCUUGUACAUAGAUUUAGUGGUGAUGCCUCCACUCUCCGUGCAGGUAGAUGUGAAAUUCUGUGCUCCCUCAUCUCCUGUUACAGGUCACAUCUGAGCUGAGUCUUAUCACCAAAAAAUAGCAGUGCUGCUGCUUUCGGGGGAAAAUGAACAUUUCUCUAGCAGGUGGCCUUUUGAGGCAAAUAGGAUCUGCUUUCCUUGGCUCAGCUCCUUGAGAGCAAAUCACAGGCAGGUGAUGUUUGGCAUGUGAGAGAGAAUACUUUAAUCUCCCAAAUAUAUUCCACCCACACACUUUUUUUUUCCCUUGUGAGAGCUGGAUGCUUAAAGAGGAAAGCUUAUGGUGCCUAUUGUGAGAUGUAAGCCAAACAUACCAGCUUUCAGCCUACCAUUUAGCAAUUUCCCAGAUCAUGGAGACAUGUAGUAGCUAUAAUUAGAAAAAGAUAGGAUUUGUAUCUGGAUCACAGCUUACCAACAAUUUAAAUUUAUUCAGGCCAGGGUUUCAAUGUAAUUAUAGACUGAUUUUUUUCCAAGUUCUAAUAGAAUUUGAUCUGGACCUUGUGGAUAGGGCUGAAACCCCAUAGUUAGUCAUUUUCACCCAUGCACUUGAAAAAACAUUGAAAAAUAUUUCUUAAAAUUUUGGGAAACCUUUUGGUGGAAUGCUGAUCUGUUUUUCCUGAUCAACUUAGGAUUAUAGUAUAAACAAUUGAUAAAUCCACUUGCAAGCAUGUUCUAUCUAUGCUUUUGUCUCUGUCCCUCUUACUCUCUCUCUGUAAGAUUUUAUGGUGCUUUAUAAAGGCAUUUUCAGAAAAGGGACAAUUUCAUAAAUGUCAUUAGCAAGGUACCAAGCAGAAUGUGCUUGUACCAUCUUGAUAAGUUUUGCUGCUAUUGUCUUUAUUUUAUGAUGUAAUGUUUUACAAAAAUGGAAAAAAAAAAAUGCAACAAAGACCUUCUGG